UUCGUGCCUCGGCACACGAUUCAUGAGUUCAGUCGAUUCAAACGUUUGCGGUACUUUGAAGCGGUGCGAAGCGCGCGAGAGUUCCGUUCCGUCGUUCCCGAAAAAAGCGUCAAAGUCGUCAUCGCCGUCGUCGUUCGUUACGUGCAUCGUCGGUGUUUCGUUGCAAGAAAAGUGUGGCAUAGAUUUGCAUGUGAAUGAGAAAACCAUAGAUUGACCCCAGAGCUCCAUUUAAGCUCCAUUUAAGGCCCAGUUUCUGAUUGAUGGUUAAGCGGCAGCUUCGUUGUCCACCUCCUCCACGUCGUCGUCGUCGGUGCCAUCGUGUUGCGCCUCCGAGUGCGUCGCGUCGCUCCGUUUGUUCUUCGUGAGGAAAAACAAAAAGCCAGCUCUUUGAGGCAGUGCCGUGUUGUGUCCCUGCUCCUUGCUGUUCCAAGUGGCGGUAUGGCUAUGGCUGCCACAGGCCGCCGCGUGUGACCGAGUGUCAGUGUUUAAAAAAAAAACAAAAAAAAGAGAGCCGCAAUUGAAUUGAGUCGCUACAGUCCCCCCCCUUCGGACAUGCCACAGUGCCCAGGAUCAAACAGGAUGCCCAGCGGAUUACACAAAAGGAUUAAAUAACAAAUGGCGUAUGUCAGCGAAUGGUGGAAAAAAUCGAAUCCGUAUUGAAAAGCCGAGCAAAUCCGUGGAGAAAAGAUGAGUAAAACAAGCGAAAAUAACAACACGAACGAGAAACAGCGGACAGCGGAUCCUCCAUUGGGAAACAACUUAUGAGAAAAACUGGAAAAACACUGGAAAAACCCUCCCCCCAGAAAAACAGAAAAACUGAUUGAAAAACCAAACGAAAAGCAAGAAAAGCGAAAGUACAGAUAAAAGAAAACAGUUAAAAGGUAAUAAAAAAAGGAGUACAACAGCAAAGUUUGGAAACUGGAAAAAUACACCUGGAAAAUGGAUAGGGAUAGUUUUUCCUCUGUUCUUACGGGCCCACGGCAAAUGCCGCUGGCCCUCUUCCUGGCUGUGGCCACUGCCGCUCUGAUGCUCUUCCAGGAUGCGGUCGAGGCCGAACAGCAUCCGGCAACCGCCGAUGAAGGACCCCUAUCGGAGGUACUCACUGCCGUGGGCUCGGAGGUGGCGCUACCCUGCGACCUGCUGCCGGGGACAAUGAUUGCGGACAAGGUCCAAUUGGUCAUCUGGUAUCGUCAGGGCAAUGUGAAGCCCAUCUAUACCUUUGAUGCCCGCGGACGACCCCUGCAUCAGGCCAUACCCUGGGCGGAUGACACGGUGUUCAACAAGAAGGCCCACUUCCACUACGACACAAAUCCGCCCGCACUGCGCAUCAAGAACAUCCAGACUGUGGACGCGGGUCUCUACAAGUGCCGCGUGGACUUUCAUAAGUCACCAACACGGAAUUGGCGCAUCAAUGUGACAGUUCUUGUGCCACCCACACAGCUAACGAUACUGGAUCAUCACGGGGCCGAGAUACGCGACCAGACAGCGGGGCCCUACCUCGAGGGCGAUAGCAUCGACCUGACGUGUCUGUCGAGCGGUGGAGUGCCACCGCCGAGGGUCUCGUGGUGGCGCGAACAUGCCCUCAUCGACGACUCCUUUCAGGUGCUGCCCGACGGCUCGGUGCGCAAUGUGCUGCGCCUGAAGAACAUCCAGCGGAAGGAUCUAUUGACGAUGUACACCUGCCAGGCCACCAAUGGGCAUGUGGUGCCGGCCCUCUCGAAGAAAGUAAUCCUCGACUUGAAUCUUCCUCCGCUCAAUCUGCUGCUGCAGGGUCUCAAUCAUGCAGUGGUAGCUGGCACUCGCACCCACGUCACCUGCACUGCCAUCGGUGCUCGUCCACCGCCGCAAAUCAUUUGGUCGAAGGCUGGACAGAUCCUAAAAGGAGCCACGCAAUCUACCUCGGCUGACGGGAAUACCACAAUUUCCGAGCUAAUGCUGAUACCCGUACCGGAGGACAAUGAACGGCAGGUGGUCUGCUCCAUCUCCCUGAGUGCGGGCAUUACGUCGCAGCAGCUCCAAGAGGGUCACACCACGGUGAUGACCACGCUGGGCAAUGGCAACACCGGUCUCUACCUCAAGGACUCGCGCAUGCUGAACGUGACACAUGCACCCAUUGUCAUCCUGAAUCUGGGAGCUCCUCUGGAUCCGAAUAAUCUGCUUAAGGGAUCGGAUGUCUAUUUGGAGUGCGAUGUGAAGGCCAAUCCGGCGAUAACGCGUGUGGAGUGGUAUCACAGUGACAAGCAACUGCACUCGUCGCGCGGGAUAAUCAUCUCCAACCAGACGCUGGUGCUGCAGGGCAUCUCAAAGUCCUCGCACGGCCAGUACUUCUGUCGGGCCAGCAACCUCCAGGGCAGCGUGUCCAGCAAUGAGGUUUACUUGGACGUGAAGUAUCCACCCGUGUGCAAGUCGGACUCCACGAUUAUACGUGCAGCACUCAAGCAGACAAUCAACAUCACCUGCGAGGUGGACGCGAAUCCACUCGAUAAUCUAAAUUACAAGUGGCACUUCAACAACUCGCUGGAGAGUCUCAUCGAGCUGCCGCAGCUCGGACCGGUCCUGCUGUCGCUGAAAUCGCCUUCCGGCUCCGGACCUGGCUCCGGCUCGGACCUGGGCGGAUAUUAUCAGCGCAGCAAGAGGAAGCACACACACGGACUGCAACGGGGACUGCUGCAUGGCCGGCACGGACGCACGGCCAGCAUUGUGGACAUGUCGGCCGUUCGCUUCGAGGACGAGGACUAUCCGGCGGUGGGGCACGAGAUGGACGGCUAUCAGGACUAUGGCGAGGAGACGCCCUACACGCAAAUGGUCUACUCCAACAUGGUGCACAAGAACCAUGUGGAGAACAAACAGCCCCAGCGGAAACAGCUGCCCCAGCUGCAAGGCCAGUCGUCGAGUGGCCCUGGAGGCAGCAGCGACUCCCACAGCCCUGGCCAUCACGCAUCCAGCUCUGCCUCGUCCUCCUCCAUCCAAAUGAUGGAGCGCAAGCGGCUGGCCGCACUGCACAAGCAGCAGCAUCAUCGCCAGGCCAUGACCAUGCCCACCACAACUACGGCGCCCCCGCUGAACAACGUGUACAGCUACCACGUGGAGAGCUACGAGAGCUUCGGCGCCAUUUCCUGCGUGGCCAGCAGCCCGAUGGGCCACAGCCAGCCCUGCUGGUACCACAUCCAGCCGGCAGACCUACCCGAACCGGUGAAGAACUGUACGGCCUUCAAUGCCACCGCCAAUUCCUUGCAAAUCCAGUGCACACCCGGCUACGAUGGCGGCAUACCGCAGUACUUCCAUGUGCAGAUCUACGACGAACUGAAUCGCCAGAUACUCUACAACGCCUCGUACAAGUAUCCGGAGUUCACGGUGAAGCGUUUGCCGAGCGAUUCCGUGUUUGUCAUUCGAGUGACGGCCGUGAACGCGCAGGGGCCCAGCAAGGUGGCCCACCGAUUGAGGGGCCGGACGCUUUCAGCGCCUUUGUUGCGAACAGCCUCAUCGACGGCUGUGCUAGUACAAUUGACGCCGCUUCUGGGCGCCUUAGUUGGCGUCAUCGCCACGUUGAUUCUGGUCGCCAUUUGUGUGGUGAUCUUUAUCAAAUUCCGCAGCAAGCGCGGUCGCCGGCACGGCAAUGGCGGGGAUGCCACCACCACCGAGGCGGACAAGGGCAGCGCCGAGCCGCUAUCCCGUAAUAUGGGUAGCCAUUCCAGCCUGGAGGACAAAAAUCCGGAUGUGGUGCCGCAGGAGGCGACAAGCGAGGAUGAGUUCCACCAGGAGGAGAAGGCCUUCGACCGAUUGAAUAUGGAAUCGCAGCGAAUUUUGUAUACGCCACCGACGCGCAUUAACACCGCCUCGCCGCCGCCACCAUCGCUUUCGCCCACCUUCGGGAAGCAGUACGGUGAACUGUCGCUAACAACGAACCCCGCCUUCAGCCUGUACAACACGCCGCAACGUGCCCCGGCCGCCCAGCGUCCCGUCUACACCGCCCCGCCGCCACUGCUCUCCACCCGCACCCCGCCGAAUAUCUACACCCGUAUUCCAGGCCGGGGAGUCGGCGGUGGUGGUGGCAUGCCCGGAGGAGUCGGUGCCACUAGCUAUCAUCUGCCGGCCUAUGAGACGCGCACCUCUCCCACCUCGCCCUACGGCUCCACGACCACCUGCACCAUGCCCCUGCUCGGCGGCCAGUCCAACGGUUCGCUGCAGACCAACAGCAGCGGCGGCGGCGGCGCUGGCGUGGGCGGGGCGAGUGCCUGCAACACGCUGCCCCAUCCGGGCAGCCUCCACACGAGCGGCAUCUCGGCGGCGCUGACCAGCUCGGUGACCAGCGGCAACAUCACCAUCGGCGCCGCCCAAUCGCUGCUGACGUCGCCCCGCUCCCAGACCGCCUACACCACGCUGGGGGGUGGUGUGGCACCUGCAGUGUGCGUGCAGUCGCCACUGCUGCUGGCCGGCGGGGGGAACUACGAGACGGUGAGCUCCUGAGAGUUACCCAAAGAGGACAUCAAAUGUCAGAUAGUCUGCAUAGGGGGGAGCAGUACGUGCACCACCACAGCGCUGGGCGCCGAGCGCACCACCAUCGUCUAAGAGGAGCAGCAGCAGCAGCAGGAGGAGGAGUGGAGAAGUAGAGGAGGAAUUGUGGCGAGGAGGUAACUGCAUCCCAAAAAUCUGUAUUAUAGAAAUAAAACUGCCGCUGGCGUGGGUUUCGCUUUAAAUAAAAACAAAAAAUAAAUAAGAAAUCUCUUUCGAAAGCGAAACGAACAAAACUCUUACAAGACUUUCCGACUUCAAGCAGCAAAAACCCCUUAUAAGAAAGAACUCUAUAUAGCUAUAGGAUACACUAUAUAUAUAUAUAUGUACUGGAUAUAGCAGUGUUUAGCCCCGACCUAAGAAAAAAGAAGCAUUUACAUACGAGUAAUAUAUGCCUAAGUUACUUAUGUACCAUAGAAAUGAAUGUUUGAUGCGGCCCACUUCCUUUACCAAAUGUGGGGUUAGGCCCGAACGAUCUUUGUGCGCAAAUACUUCAGUGAACAAAAGAGCUAUGCUUGUGAAAAUACACGACACGACACGAAACCCGAACAGAACACUAGUUUAAACUUUAGCUAAGAUACGAGAUACGAGUAUAGCGAAAUCGUAAAUAUAUAAGGUGUGUAUAUAAAGCGUAUAUGUGUAAUUAGGCUAGGAAGCAGGUCAGCUAAUACUUAAACUAGCCACUAAAACGUAGCCUAAACUCAAUUGAACUUAGUUAGUCACAUUGCGAAUCUACGAAAAGACUAUCCCCCCUGAAUAUAUUAUAAUAAAAUAACAGAAUUUAAUGGCAUAUCUCUAUAUAAAUAUAAUACAUAAAUAGCACAAAAAAAACCACAACAGCGGAGGAGACCACAUUAAAGGAAUCUGAAAAUAGGCGCAAA